AUGAAGAGAAUCACGAGAGCCGCUCGAGCUGCAGAGAUGAAUUCUCAGUCAACAGACGAUCAGCGAACUAGUCACCCGCGACGACAGCUCAUCACUUCCAUCGUUCAGCCUCCAGUUGCACCCGCUCACCAAACACCUCCUCAGCAUGUACCCGCCCGACGAUCCGCACCCUCCACCCCCAAUAUUAAGAUCCGGUUCCUGACUUUUUACAUCCAAGAUUGCACCACGCCACAACAUAUCUCGGAAAAGUUCACUCGUGGACUCAAGAUCGUGUCAAAUUGCGCUGCGGAUAUCACAUCUAUUCUCUCCGACAUUAUCAGCUACUGCCAGGACCGCGGGGCGCUUCAUCAACAAGCUACGAGGGAAGCAGGGAGGUUCCACAGCGGCUACUGGGAAGGCUACUUCAGGAUGGUUACCGCCGACACUCAGUGGCUGACCAACAACUGGGGUGGUCCGAAUUGGCUUCCCGCUGAUAUUCGGGCUGGCCUUGAAAGGUCGUUUGGUACUCCAGUGCCCUCAUCGUAUGUGGGAAUCUUGGUUUCAAUUACACAGGCUGCGCAGACCUAUGGAAUCGACCUCGACUCUCUCUGGGCUGAAGAUGGCGCCCUCAGAACGGCCGUGGGCGAUGGUGGGGAGCAUUGUCUCUCCCAAGCACUGGAGCAAGAGAUCAUCGGCCAGAUCAAUCAUGAGGGAGCGCUUACAGCCCCAGAGGCUUCUGUCCAAGGACGACAAAGCUCGACUGCUGUUCAUAUCGAGGGUGGAAGCGAAAAGCCCAAUGGCAUCAAAGUCGAGACGAGCGAGCAAAGUGAGCCUACAUCUAUUCAGACAGUUCCUGGCCAUGAGGCACCUUCCGCAAAUGACAACGACAAUGUCCCAGCAACUGUUGAAGUGCCUACCGCUCACGAACAUGCAACACCGACGCAGCCUCAGCCCACAAACGGUGAAACGCAAUCCGCUCCACCAGUGACGAGAAAGCGGACUUUCGAGCAGAUGAACAACACAGGGAACUCGAUGUAUGACAAGUACAAGACACUCAUGACGGGCAUCAAGCCGGAAAGACUCGCUCAGCUUCGAGCAGAAGCAAUGGGGAAUUUGGAACGAGCAGAGUCUGAAAAGACAGCUACAAAAUACGCACUGGUAACCCUGAAAGCCAAAGAAGACCAACUCCAACAAAUCCGCGAGCACAGCAAGAAAAUGAUCGAUACCACGAGCAAUGGGCUGAGAGAACAAGCCAAUCACGAUAUCCUGGCCGGAACUCUAGCCAACAUGGGAGAAGUGUACUUCAACGGCAUGAACAGACUACUCGACUCUUUUCUCCGGACGUCCUCUGCCUCUCUGGGCGGAUUUACGGUCGAGGAGCUGCGGGCACGACAUACCGAAGCGAUUGACAAGGUCGAGAAAGCAAAGAAGCACAUCCGAGCCCUGGAUCAUAUUGAAAAGGCACGAGAGGUACACGAGAACUACAGUGAGAUGGAGGGAUUUCGAGAGAAUUUGCGUGCUGUUUUGGUCAAGACAGGUGAGCGCGUUGAGGAUUUGGAGAAGGCGUGCGUCGCUGCGUUUAGUCAUGCGGAGGAAGAAGACUAG